AUGAUAGUAAACGGUGCAUCUGAUAAAGUUUUAUGUUGUUGCUUUCCAUCUUAUUUAGACGGUCCUGCACUUGAUUGGUUUUGUUCUUUUCCUGCAAGUUCUAUUUCUCGAUUUCGAGACAUAUCAAUGCCCUUUGAGGAGCACUUUGCUGGAUCGGCCAUCUACCUGCAUGACUCUGAUUACCUGAACACAAUCAAGCAAGGCCAGCAUGAAAGCCUCAAGGACUACAUGACGCGCUUCACAAAGAUGGCCAUAAGUAUACCCGACCUCCACCCCGAGGUGGAACUGCACGCCAUAAAAAGUGGACUGCGACCAGGAAAAUUCCAGAAAACUAUUGCUGUUACCAAACCUAAGACUAUGGCCGAGUUCCAUGAAAAGGUAAAAGGUCAGAUCGACAUCGAGGAACUCCGGCAAGCUUGGAAAAUAGAAAAGCCUCAUUACAGAGACGACGACAGAACUCGAGACAAAAAGAAGAACUUCAAACCGACUUCCCGAUAUGAGUCCUACACUCAAUUCAACACCAAGCACGACGAUAUCAUCAAGCAAAUCUUGAAUUCAAAACUGAUCGAACCGCCAAGAAAAGCCGACAAUUACCCAGAUUCAAAAGGCGUUGACAGAUCAAAAUACUGCUCUUUCUACCAAAAGCACGGACACACUAUCGACGAGUGUGUCAUCACCAAAGACCUUCUAGAGCGAUUAGCUCGGCAAGGCCACCUGGACAAAUGCAUUGGUGGCCACAUACAGUGA